AACAUGAAGAUGGUGGAAAAAUGCUGAUGAAUUGGAUGAUCCAGAACUGCCAACAAUGGAUGAAGGCAGGCAGCCACUUUGGAGGAAGGUACCAAUUCCUUCAAGCAAGAUAAGUCCAUACAGGAUCAUAAUAGUACUCCGGAUUGCCAUUCUCGGCCUCUUUUUUCAUUACAGAAUUCUCCAUCCUGUCCAUGAUGCAUUUGGUCUGUGGCUAACAUCAGUAAUAUGUGAAAUCUGGUUUGCUGUGUCAUGGAUUCUCGAUCAAUUUCCGAAAUGGUGCCCAAUUGAACGAGAAACAUACCUCGAUCGUUUAUCACUGAGGUAUGAGAAAGAAGGAAAGCCAUCUGAACUGGCCAAUGUAGACAUAUUUGUUAGUACUGUGGAUCCUAUGAAAGAACCUCCACUUAUCACCGCAAAUACGGUUCUAUCGAUACUUGCGGUAGAUUAUCCGGUGGACAAAGUUGCAUGCUAUGUCUCUGAUGAUGGUGCAGCGAUGCUUACAUUUGAAGCCCUUUCGGAAACAUCUGAGUUUGCGAGGAAGUGGGUUCCAUUCUGCAAGAAGUUCAGUAUUGAACCACGUGCUCCUGAAUGGUAUUUUGCUCAAAAGGUUGACUAUCUGAGAGACAAAGUUGACCCAACAUUUAUCAAGGAGCGUCGCGCUAUUAAGCGGGAUUACGAGGAGUUCAAAGUGCGUAUUAAUGCAUUGGUUGCGAUGGCACAGAAGGUUCCUGAGGACGGUUGGACUAUGCAGGAUGGGACUCCAUGGCCUGGGAACAAUGUCAGAGACCAUCCAGGAAUGAUACAAGUUUUCCUCGGUCAAAAUGGUGUACGAGAUGUUGAUGGGAAUGAAUUACCCCGUCUUGUCUAUGUGUCUCGUGAGAAGAGACCUGGAUUCGAUCACCACAAGAAAGCCGGAGCUAUGAAUGCCUUGAUUCGAGUCUCAGCGAUCAUUUCGAAUGCUCCUUAUCUGCUGAAUGUUGAUUGUGAUCACUACAUUAACAACAGCAAAGCACUUCGUGAAGCCAUGUGCUUCUUGAUGGAUCCUACAUCGGGAAAGAAAAUUUGCUAUGUACAAUUUCCUCAAAGAUUUGAUGGGAUUGAUCGUCACGAUCGAUACUCAAAUCGUAAUGUUGUGUUCUUUGAUAUUAACAUGAAAGGCCUAGACGGCAUCCAAGGUCCAAUUUAUGUCGGUACCGGUUGUGUUUUCCGGAGGCAAGCACUCUAUGGAUAUGAUGCCCCUGCUAAGAAGAAGCCACCGAGGAAGACUUGUAACUGUUGGCCUAAAUGGUGGUGCUGCUGCUGCUGUGGAUCUAGGAAGAAGAACAAGAAAGUCAAGUCAAGUGGGAAAAGUAAAAUAAAGAACAAGGAGGCUACAAAGCAAUUGACUUCUCUAGAAAAUAUUCAAGAGGGAAUCGAAGGAAUUGACAAUGAAAAGUCAUUACUAAUGCCUCUAGUAAAAUUCGAGAAAAAAUUCGGUCAAUCUUCUUUCUUCAUAGCUUCGACACUUAUGGAAGAUGGCGGCAUGCCAAAAUCUGCAAGUUCUGCAUCACUUUUGAAAGAAGCAAUCCAUGUCAUUAGCUGUGGUUAUGAGGAUAAAACGGAGUGGGGGAAAGAGGUUGGAUGGAUAUACGGCUCAGUCACAGAGGAUAUUCUAACAGGUUUCAAGAUGCACUGCCAUGGUUGGAGAUCCGUGUACUGCAUGCCAAAAAGGCCGGCUUUUAAAGGUUCAGCUCCCAUCAAUCUCUCCGACCGUCUGCAUCAGGUUCUCCGGUGGGCACUUGGAUCUGUUGAGAUAUUUCUUAGUAGGCAUUGUCCAUUGUGGUAUGGAUAUGGUUGUGGUUUGAAAUCGUUGGAACGAUUCUCUUACAUUAACUCCGUCGUUUAUCCUUUGACUUCCAUUCCCUUGCUCGCCUACUGCACUUUGCCGGCUGUCUGUCUCCUCACCGGAAAAUUCAUAGUCCCCGAGAUUAGCAACUAUGCGAGUCUGAUUUUCAUGGCGCUCUUCAUUUCCAUUGCUGCAACGAGCAUCUUGGAAAUGCAGUGGGGAGGCGUCGGCAUACAUGACUGGUGGAGGAACGAGCAGUUCUGGGUCAUCGGUGGUGUCUCCUCGCACCUGUUUGCCCUCUUUCAAGGUCUGCUGAAGGUUCUGGCCGGAGUGAACACAAACUUCACUGUCACAUCUAAAGCUGCAGACGAUGGAGAAUUUGCCGAACUCUACAUCUUUAAGUGGACAUCCUUGUUGGUUCCUCCUCUAACCUUGCUCAUCAUAAACAUAAUCGGUGUCAUUGUCGGUGUCUCAGAUGCGAUCAACAACGGCUAUGAUUCCUGGGGACCUCUCUUUGGCAAGCUCUUCUUUGCCCUCUGGGUCAUCCUCCAUCUCUACCCAUUCCUCAAGGGAGUCAUGGGAAAGCAAGAAGGUGUUCCUACCAUCAUCAUAGUCUGGGCGAUUCUCCUGGCUUCAAUCUUCUCCCUUCUCUGGGUCCGAAUCAACCCGUUUUUAGCAAAAGACGACAUCGUGCUGGAAAUUUGUGGGUUGAACUGCGACAACUGAAACAUAUGUUAUAUACAGAAAACAAAAAGGUAGUCAGAAGAGUAAAUGCGUGAUUUUUUUUUUUUUUGGUUUGAAGACAUACCUGGUUGAAGGUUCUGCAGAAAACAGAGGAAAGUUUACGGUGGGUUGGUGUAGAUAAUAACCAAAGGGAUUUGUUUUGAAGAGAUUCAUAAUUCUUUCUAUGCAUGGAAGGGGAUUGAAAGGGAAAGAUCAGCUUUGUAAUCCGACAAGAGUGGACACUUAGUUAAGGUGGCUGUAAUUUAUAAUUCUCUUCUGAAUAAGGUAUGUCAUAGUUGUAAUCAAAUGUGUUUCUUUUCUUUUUUGGUAAUUUGAAAUGUCCCUCAAGCAGGAAAGGGACCUUAUAGUGGUUUUGUUUUUCACUCUCAUGCAUGAAGUCAAUAAAACGAUGUUUAGUUGUAUAUGAGAAUUUUAUAAAUGAGGUUUGUUU